AAGAAACAAUCGCGGUAUUACUCGAAUAAGUUGUGUAAUGUUGAAAUUUGUACAACUAUUCAGUCUAACAACUGCCCAAAGAAACUUAUCGUUACGAUAUGUGCAAUCAGUUACACUCCCGGCUCGGUAUGGCACAUUUGCACCUCGGGAAUUUCAGUACGAAACAUCGGACGGUGAAAGCGGGACGCUGAUUCAUCGGUUCUCCCGGCACGUGUCGCUUACGAAGCGAGAUUUCACCGAUAAAACAAAGUAUGGAUUCAAGGUAUCCAACUUCUAUCCACUGCCGGACGUGGAAUCGUACAGCCAGCAGAUACGCAACCUGGCCACCGUAGAUUUGGCCAAGCUGAUCACCUUUACGACCGAUUUCCGCAGCAAACCAGAUUUUCGAUCGUACGCGGAGAUUGUCAAUGCGCUCGACGAGGAGUGCGUACGCCGCGUUCCAGGUUCGACCACUUACGAAUUGCUUGAAAUGCUACACUGCUUCAUGUAUCUGCUACCGAACAAAAUUGCCCAGCUCAAAUCCUACCAAAGCGCCAUGCCGAAACUGAUCGAACUGUUCGGUGGGGGUGCGGAGAAUGAGCGGGAUUUCCUGACCAUCGUGUUUUUCCUUGGUAUGUGGAAACGGAACAAAACGGGUUCGUUGUUGAUGAAGGAAUUCUUGCAGCACUACCUUGACCGCUACCUAACACCGGAACUCUCCCGAAUGGACUUUGCGAUACUGGCGAACGCGUCAUACAAAUCGAGUCUACGGUUAGCGGAAGAAUCCGAUGCGUUCAAAAGCAGGUUGGUGAAAGAAAUCGUUGACUUUGAUAAUGAGGACGAUCCGGCCCUGAUGGUAACGCUGAUAAAGUGCGCUCGAAUGAAUCGACUUGCUUCCGACGAAAUCGUUCGAAAAGUUCGCUCGUACGUCCAGGCAAACGGGCAUCGGGAGGAACUUGAUUUCAGGGGUCUAGCACACCUGUUCGCGUACAUUGCAGACAAUCGGAUCAAGGAUGAAACGCUCGAGGCAUUGUUCAUCGAAGGAUGCUGGGCCAGAUUUGAACAGGAAAUUCGAACAAACGGCUUCGAAACGCAAUCGCAAUUCUGCCGACCGAAAGACAUCGCAACGUUCCUGUGGAGCUGUGGCACGCUCUCCGUGCCGAUGGAAGCGACCGGGGUAAACUUUAACAUGCUCGAAAAGGCGAUACGGUUGAAGGUUGAAGCAGGGGAGUAUCGAUACAUACCGGACGUGCUUGUCGAUACGGUCCUCUCCUUGUGGAUUUGUGAUCGUAAAUCGAUUGGCCUGUUCCGGCUGUUGUUUAAGGAUCGUGCACUGGUGCAGAAUCUUCGUAAGGAACGUGCAAAAAUUGAAUCCAGGAAAGAUUUACUGCUCAGCUGUGCCGAAAUCGAUCUUCCCGAGGCAAUGGAUAUGGUGAAGGCGAUAAGGAAACCUGGCGACGCGUUUGUACUGGAUCGUCCAGCACCAGAGUUCCUCGUGCGGCCUGCGCUUCAAAAGGUUGCUGAAUGUUUAAACCACAUGAAAAAAGCCGGCGAUCUGCCACUGACACUGCUACGCUUCAAUCUUCCGGUGAAGAAUCUAAAUAUCGCGGGAAUACUGGUGCAGUUUGCGAAUGGUGUUGUGGUGAACUUGGACGUGAUGGAUGAUAAACAUUGCCUGAGCGAUGGGCUUACUCCCGUUGGAUUGUUGAAGCUGAAGUCUCGCAUCUUGGAGGAUCGAUCCAUUAAAAAGGCAACGAUAAACACUAAUAAGCAUGAAACAGUGGAUGGGUUAAAAUCAGAGCUUAAAAGUGUGUUAAAAACAUUUUACAGUUGAUUAAAGUAGGCUCAAAGCAACGCAAACACUAGUGAACAGAACACUAAAAUCCAAAGGAA